AUGCAACCCAGCUGGGACAAUGACACUCUCGAUUAUCCACAACAGAAGGGUCCAGGCUACGAUUAUACUGGUUUUGAGAAAGACCAACAGGUCCGUGCCGAUGCCAUCGUGGACAUGUUUCGAUUUGCAUGGGACGGGUACUACAAAUACGCGUUCCCCAAUGAUGACUUGGAGCCGGUGACCAACACAUUCCAAAACUCACGGAAUGGUUGGGGUUGCCAGGCCGUCGACGCUUUGAGCACUGCCAUUAUCAUGGAGCUUGAAGACAUCGUCAAUGUGAUUGUAGAUUUCAUUCCGACCAUUGACUUCUCAAAGACAAACACGCCGCAACCUUCUGUUGUCAGCUUGUUUGAGACAAACAUUCGCUACCUGGGCGGGUUGCUUAGCGCUUACGACCUUCUUAAGGGCCCAUUCUCACAUCUAAGGGUAAACUCUACCAACGUUGACGCCCUGCUCAGUCAAGCGAGAAACCUCGCCGAUGCUCUGAAGUUUGCUUUCAAUACUAGGACUGGUAUCCCUGUUAAUGAUUUAUUCCUUAGCAACCACUCCUUCUCCGGUCGGGGCUUACAGCAAGAUGGCCAGCGUACGGCAGGCCUCGCCGAGCUUGGGACCCUUCAGUUGGAAUGGCAGCGUUUGAGCGACCUUACUGGUGAUCCAGAAUACGGUACACUGGUUCAAGAAGCUGCUAAGUAUUGGUUUUCACCAUCGCCUCCUGAGUCAGAACCCUUUCCCGGUCUUACUGGUGGAAACUUUAGCGUGGAUACUGGCCGUAUUCUCGAUCAAUAUGGCGGCUGGACCUCUGGUAACGACAGCGCGUAUGAGUAUCUGAUCAAGAUGUACGUGUACGACCCGGAGCGCUAUGCGAACUACUCGGAACGGUUCAUUCUCGCAGCUGACUCUGGUAUGCGAUAUCUCGCAUCUUCGCCGAGUACGCGUCCGGACCUCACUAUGAUCGGCUCGUUCGCUGGCACCGCCGUACAGAACUACUCCGAGCAACUCGCAUGCUUCUCGGGUGGCUCCUAUAUUCUUGGCUCUGCAGCAUUAGAUCGUCCUGAUUACCUCGAAUUUGGUCUCAAACUAUCGGAAUUUUGUGCCAAUGGUUAUCGCUAUGCAGCUGCAGGCAUUGGUCCGAUCAUUUACUCCUGGAACACGACCGAGCUUGCUUGGCCUCAGUUCGUGAACCAGUCUGAUUUGUACAACAAAGCUGGCUGGUUCAUCGAUGACAAUCGUGCAUUCGGUAAUGGCAUGGCGCCUGAAGCCGUCGAGAGCUGGUACUACGCGUUCCAAGUAACUGGGAAUAGUUAUUGGCGAGAUGUAGCAUGGGCGUAUACCCUAGCACAGAAUCGUACGGAGCGUGCAAACAGUGGAUUCAGUAGUGUAAAUAAUGUGCUUACCGUUACUGGAGGCGGCACGAGUAAUUUCAUGGCAAGCUACAUGUUGGCUGAGGUACUGAAGUAUCAAUUCAUGAUCCAAAGUCCGAAGAAGGGUAUUUGGGAGCCGGUGCAUGACGGAGUAAACCAAUUCGUAUAUAACACAGAAGCGCAUCCAAUACGGGUAGCAGCAAAGCAGCCCACAUAG